UUCUUCCGGCUGUCAGCUGAUAGUCCCUUGCUUUUGCUUUCCAAUACCUAUUUCGAUUUUCGCAAAGAAAACGUCAGGCACCAUUCAACAUGGGCUCGAAAUACGCGAUCAAGAGCUAGUUAUAGCUGAAAUAUUGCUCUAAUUGUAGUGUUAUCGUUAUUAUAGUUUCAUUUUACAUGUACGUUGUGUAACUCUUCAAUUAGUCGAAAAUGGAUACGUUUAUCACAGGAUACCUCAGUUAUGGCGUUUGUUGAUCACUAAAAAAUUUCGUUCGGUUGAUAAUUUUCUUUAUAUUUGAUGUCCGUUUUUCGUUCGUGAUCGUCUGUUUCGUUCGCGUUUACGUGUUUACUCGAAAUGGUGAAGGAGAAGCCAAAUUCGAUCCGGAUCUACGAUGAGGAAGGUUUCCGACGCCGUGCGGCUUGUAUAUGCGUGCGAUCCGACGCCGAAACGGAGGUGUUGCUAGUGACAUCAUCUCGGCGGCCGGACAACUGGAUAGUGCCGGGUGGCGGCGUGGAGCCCGAGGAGGAGCCGUCGGUGACGGCCAUGCGGGAGGUGCUGGAGGAGGCCGGCGUCAUCGGCAAGCUCGGCCGCUGUCUCGGCGUCUUUGAGAACCGCGAACAUAAGCACCGCACGGAAGUGUACGUGAUGACGGUGACCCAAGAGUUGGCCGAGUGGGAGGACGCGCGCCUCAUGGGCCGCAAGCGGCAGUGGUUCAGCAUCGACGACGCGCUGGCGCAGCUCGCGCUGCACAAGCCCAUCCAACGGCACUACCUGCAGCUGGUCUGUACUCUACCCCUCAUGGACCGCAAGCAGUGGUCCUUAGUUUCCUACAGACACAAGAGCUGUGUGGGAGGCCUCAUGGGCCGCAAGCGGCAGUGGUUCAGCAUCGACGACGCGCUGGCGCAGCUCGCGCUGCACAAGCCCAUCCAACGGCACUACCUGCAGCUGCUCCGACGCAGCCGGAAGCCGGACCCCGACGGCAGCUAAGCUGUGUCCUGACAGGUUUUUGUGAUGUUCGCUGUCGCCUCCCACGCCCCGCCACAUUCUGGCCGACACAAGUAACUUGACACUAGAGUACUAACUACGAAUACGCUGGCCGUUCUAUAAUGCAUAAAUUCGGUUUCCAACUUAUGAGGUCUUACAUCAGGAAAUAUUUACACGCAUUGAAUUACAUAUUACUACGUAAAGACAAGCUUUGCCCUACGAAUUGUGACUUGUGACAAUACUUUAUUUUGUCUCUUGUACGAUUGUCACGCAACCAGUCUAGUUGCGUUAAUCUGAAGAACUCAUGGACCAAUUACGUUGUUGCAUUCGCAUGACGUGAUUUUACACCAUUUUUUUUUAUUUUGGGCUUUGGACAUGAACAGUUUGUGUCAGAAAAAAGUGACAUGAAAGAGCCCAGGUUUAAGGUUAUACUAGGUGUCUCCGUUUUUAGCAUUAUACUGUUUUUACCGCAGAAAUAAUAUCUGGAAGUUGAUGAAGUAAUAUUUCUUCUAAUUAAAAUAAAAGUGUCUUGAUAAUCUUGUUAGGUUAGAAUGGGACGUUCGUGGGAGGCAUAACUUUCGCAUUAUACAUUGUAGAUGCCGCAUAUUUUAAUCUUCUACAAUACUAUUUUAGCAGUGUUGGCUUUCGAUUUGUCCUGGUUUUACACCAGCAAUUGUAUUUAUUAUAAUCAUAACACUAUAUUUAUAAAUAAGCCACUGUUUAGUCAUCAUCUAAAACAGUAAGUAGUACCUACACAUAGUUUUACCACUUGUCUGUUUCGCCAGAAAUAAUGCCUUGCGAGGCAACUCCAUCUCCGAAGAUGCCUCACCCGAGUCAAAAUAUUUUUGUCCAUAUCUAUUGUAACACCUUGACUGUGAACAGAACGAAAGCCUUGCAAGUAGUUGCCGUGCGGGGCAACUCUGUUUGUGAAAAUGCCUCGUAUAAUUCCUCUCGUGCGUUUGUAUGCUUCACAUGUUGCUUCUAUGUAUAUCGAAUGAUACUCCCAUAUACUGUGUCCACUGUGCCUCUUUUCGAUACACAGUGGGAUUCGCCAUGGCACAUUUAACAAAACAUAAAGAUGGCAUUACUAAACCUACCGUACAUGUGCGUAAAAGAACUCUAACAUAACUGACAGAUGCGUAUGGUUUUUGGUUUUGGUUAUUACGAAUGCAGUGAAAAGGUUUAAAACUCUUUAUUUAAAUUAGGAUAGAUCUCUAAGCCAACACUUUAAUAAUCGACCGCUAUAGGGAUGGGUAUGAGAUUAUUGUUAUUUUGUUAAGGCGCCCAAUUUGUAUUGACAUGUCGGCGGCCGAUCAUAUCGUCUGCCAGAUGAUGAAAUUCCUAGUCAUGUCGUGAAACGUGAACUCGUUGCCUAGUCGACGAACCCCCGCUGCGCGGGGCCCUGUUUCUGAACAAUUUACCCUAUGGGUAUCUCGAGCAACAUAGGUAACCAAUGUCUAUGUACUAGUGAAAUGUAACUAGACAAAAUAUUACACAGGAUUUUUACGAUCGGUCGCCGAUAAAUAUACUGUCCUAUAUGAAUGACAUGUAAUUUUAAUGAGAAAUUAUCAUAGCAUGAAUGAACAUUUAUACUGUAAAUUAAGACAAUUUUAAUCGACUGACAAUAGAUCUGUUUCAUAUUUUAUUAUACUUCAUUUCAUUAGUUAUCGGAAUUGUAUUCUUCAGACAUUCACAAGUUAUUUUAACACAUAAUAGGGCAGUAUAAAAGUGAAAAUGUAUACUUAUUGUACUCUUGCAAGAAACCGCCUCCUAUAAGUCUUAACUUUAAUUUUGUGGUAUCUCGCAUAAGAUUUUCUGGAAUUUUAUUGCUUUAAAGUUUAACAGUAGAAAAUAUCGAGUUGCAACUCGUUUACAAAAUGCCACAUAUUCAAACAUACUGAACUUAUGAACCUUCUCAGAAGAACAAAAAUAAAAUAUUGAACUGUAGCCGCGCGUCUCUAUGUCUUUAGCGGACAGAGUUAAAAAUAUCUGUAGAUCAACAUAUCAAAAAAAUUUAAAUAGAUUUUUGUUUAUUCAAUAUGAAGUGUAAUGAUGAAAUGAAAUAACGGGGAAAAUAUUAACAUAUAAGUUUGGUAGUGUGAAAAUGUGGCAUAUCGUCACUACUUUGAAAAAAACUUGUAUCUUCUUCUGUCAAUGAAAAGAAAAUUGUAGUAAGUAUGUAUAGAAUGCAUAUAGACUUACUGCGUUUUAACUUUGAGGAGAAGCCUGAGAUACGAGAUUUUUUCAAAGUAGUGACGAUAUUGUGAAAUUAUUUCAACUUACAAACAUUUUACGAUAGAUUCACGAAACUUGGUUCGUGUAACUGAGACCUAAUUUCGUUAUAAACAUACAAUAUGUUCUCUCCCAUUCAUAUGUUUUCAUCGGUUAAUUUUACAUAUGACAAGUAGCAAUAAAAUUAAAUUCAGUCAAUAUAAUGAAUUAAAUGUGGAAUCAGUCUGACAUUCACAUUGGCCUGUCUGUAGGUUAGGUUACCGGACUGAACUCGGCUAGGGAAACGCGACAACUCUGAACCUUAUGGCCAACGAAAUAAGGAUCACUGUUGGACGUGUACGACGAAGUUUGUAAGAGAAAAUUGACGACGCGCGCGCAGAAUUUUGAGAUUUUUAGCUUGUAAAGUGUCAACCCUAAAGAUAUGUUAUACUUCUUGGCAACCCUAUUUUCCGUUGAUAUUUUUUGUUUGAAGCAA